CGUACUCUGUUUCUUUCCUUCCUUUUUUUUUUUGUUUGUUGCUUGUGAAAGAAUAUGACAACCUAUGGCACUAUACCAUCCCAAGAAAAUGCUUCGUCGAGCCUGAGCUUAUUAGGACGAGCCAAAGAAUUGAUCUCGUUAGGUCUUAGCUCUCAAAGGCCAUGGCUUGAACUUGUCCAAUGUAGUGCCUUUAGCCUUCCUAUCUCCUUUAGCGUUGCCACUGAACGAAUCAAAUCCAACAUCAUGAUCUUUCGAACCAACUACAUUGUUAUCUUCAUUGUUAGUAUCUUCAUCAGCAUGCUUUGGCAACCCGUCCACCUUUCCGUCUUUGUUAUCUUGAUAGUAGCAUGGCUAUAUGUCUACUCCCGUGAUAAUGAACCAUGGGUGAUAUUUGGCAGUGUGAUCGAUGAUUCUACUUUGGUGCUGGUUUUGUUGGUCCUCACGAUCGGUAUAUUUCUACUAACAGAUGUAUCCCGCGGUAUUGUGAUCGGGGUUUUGGCUGGUUUGCCCGUUGUUCUGGUUCAUGGCAUGUGUAGGAGGAAUACAGAGAUGUUGUUCGUCUUGGAAGAUGAUGAAGAGAAAGUGGCAAUGAACACAUCAUCUUCGUCACUUUCUUCUUCCUCUUAAGUCUUCACAAUUGAGCACAAGAUUUUCAGUUUUUCUUUCCUGAAUUUGUCUACAUAGUUCAAAACAACGCAUAUCCAGUGAAGGAACGUUAACAUGCUGCAAAAAGAACUUGAGCUCUUUUGCGAUCAAAAUUCAGGAUGUGGAUAUUGAUGUACUGAUGCAUGUCAGAGACCUUGGUGACAAAUAAAAGGCAAUUUUGCGUGCUGAUUAAAAACAUUAUCCUAUGAUAGAAUUCCUAUCUAAUUAUCUCCAACAAGCCAAUACAAUAACGAAGACAAGUGUGAUCCUCUUCUCAGUUAUCACUUAUUACAAAUUAUCCAAUCGAUUCUCUCAUUUUCAACAAUUACGAAUUGAAAGGUUGUAACUUUAUAUGAACAAUGAUCUAGUUUUUAAUUUUAUCACAACAAUUAUCAAGUUCAAAUGCAAUAGGGAUUUGGCUAUAUAUACCAUUUUACUUUUUAGACACGACAUGAAGAAGUAGUUAGACCAUCUCCAACAAAGAGAACCCCA